ACCAGUGGCUUAAAUAAGAGAGAAAUUUCUUUCUUGCAUAGAGAAAGUCCUGAGUCAGCAGCUCUGGGCUGGGAGAGAGUUCCACGGCACUAUCAGGACUUUGGUCUCCUGACUUUUCAUCUCACCAUUUUCAGCCUAUGUUUUUUUUUUCUUGGUUUUUUUUUUUUUUUCAAGGUCACCUUGUGAUGUGCAUGACUGUAUUGAGUAAGAAGAAGGAGAAAUGACAGAAGAGCGCAGAGGGGUCCUCUCUCAUCUGAGACAGCACUUUUCAAGUAGCCUUUCCACAAUUCCACACAUUUCCACACAUUUCCACAUACAUCUUCUUGGUCUUAUCGUCUUUUAAAAAAUGCACCGGGAAAAAAAUGGUCUCUUCUCUUCACAUGCUUUGAAUGGAUUUAAUCCUCCUCAUUUGUCUCCUGACUUUGAACUGCAAAACAAAGGACAUGGAAGACCAAGUACCUGGGCUAAGAAGCAGCCAACCCUCAGAAGCAGAGCCUGCUCACUGGCCAGAAGCUGACCACAGGUGCAUUCAGGAACCGAACUGAGUACAGAAGUGCUGAUGCGCAGAACUGGACAGAGUCACAGAGGAUACAUAGAGAAAGCCUGAACAGAAAAUGGAUUUUCGGAAGAAACAUCACGUAGCAUGGACCGUAAACAUUCAAGAAGUCUCACUUUCCAGGGAGUCUUUCGUGUUCAUGUAGAAAUGUUGCUCUCGGCACAGACCUUUGUGGGACAGGUGUUGGUGAUCCUUGUCUUUGUCCUAAGCAUUGGGUCUCUUAUAAUCUAUUUCAUCAACUCCACUGACCCUUUUGGAAGCUGUUCUUCAUACCAAGACAAAACCAUCCCGAUUGAUUUGACUUUCAAUGCUUUCUUUAGUUUCUAUUUUGGAUUGAGAUUUUUGGCAGCUGACGACAAGGUCAAGUUCUGGUUGGAGAUGAAUUCGAUUGUAGACAUCUUUACCAUUCCACCAACCUUUAUUUCUUAUUAUUUGAAGAGUAACUGGCUAGGUUUAAGGUUCUUAAGAGCAUUGCGGCUGCUGGAACUCCCUCAAAUCUUGCAAAUUCUGAGAGCCAUCAGGACCAGCAAUUCAGUGAAGUUUUCCAAGCUGUUGUCCAUCGUUCUGAGUACCCUGUUCACUGCUGCAGGAUUCAUCCACCUGGUGGAAAAUUCUGGUGAUCCCUGGCUCAAAGGUAGAAAUUCACAGAAUAUUUCAUAUUUUGAGUCCAUUUACCUGGUCAUGGCAACAACGUCGACUGUCGGCUUUGGAGAUGUGGUAGCCAAGACAUCCCUAGGACGGACCUUCAUCAUGUUCUUCACCCUGGGGAGUUUGGUUCUGUUUGCGAACUGCAUCCCUGAAAUGGUGGAACUUUUUGGUAACAAGAGGAAAUACACCAGUUCCUAUGAAGUGGUCAAAGGAAAGAAGUUCAUUGUGGUCUGUGGAAACAUCACUGUGGACAGUGUGACGGCUUUCCUGAGGAAUUUCCUCCGCCAUAAGGCAGGGGAGAUCAAUACUGAGAUUGUUUUCCUGGGAGAGGUUCCUCCUUCUUUGGAAUUGGAAACCAUAUUUAAGUGCUACAUGGCCUAUACAACUUUCGUUUCUGGAUCUGCACUGAAGUGGGAGGAUCUGAGGCGAGUUGCGGUGGACUCUGCAGAAGCAUGCCUGAUUAUAGCCAACCCUCUGUGCAGUGAUUCACAUGCUGAAGACACUUCAAACAUUAUGAGGGUCCUCUCUAUCAAGAACUAUUACCCUAAUACCAGAGUCAUCAUACAGAUACUUCAGUCCCAUAACAAGGUUUUUCUGCCAAAGAUCCCCAGCUGGAACUGGAAUACUGGAGACAACAUCAUCUGCUUUGCUGAAUUAAAGCUCGGAUUUAUCGCCCAAGGCUGUUUGGUGCCAGGCUUGUGUACCUUUCUAACAUCUCUAUUUAUUGAGCAAAACAAGAAGAUCUGCCCUAAAGAGCCCUGGCAGAAACAUUUCUUCAGCGGCCUGAAGAACAAAAUCCUGACUCAACGCCUCUCUGAUGACUUUGCUGGAAUGAGCUUUCCUGAUGUUUGCCGGCUCUGCUUCGUGAAGAUGCACCUCAUGCUGAUAGCCAUCGAACACAAGUCCGUGUGUCACGGUUACUGUGGGCUGAUACUAAAUCCACCUGCUCAAGUUAAGCUCCGUAAGAACACACUAGGGUUCUUUAUUGCUGAAUCUGCAAAGGAUGUCAAAAGAGCCUUCUUUUACUGUGCCGUCUGUCACAGUGAUGUGUAUAUGCCCGAGCUAAUUGGAAAAUGUAGCUGCAAAAGCAAGAAUCCUCGACACAAGACAGGGACAACAGUCACGGUGAUGAGAAACAGCGGAAGGGAACGCUCUGGUCCAAAAACACAGGACUCCAGCCCAGCGACACCUAUGAGCAUGGCUAGCAACUUGAGCUUGACCACCAGGGCUUUUCUAUACGAAAUGGAGCGAGAGUCUGACCACCUCGAUAGCAGUGGCAUGUUUCACUGGUGCAAAGCCACCCCUUUGGACAAAAUGAUUCUGAAUCGAACUGAGAAGUCAAAACAUGAGUUUCGGAACCACAUUGUAGCGUGUGUCUUUGGAGAUGCCCACUCAACACUGAUGGGGCUUCGGAAUUUUGUAAUGCCAUUGAGAGCUAGCAGCUACACCCGUCAGGAGCUGAAGGACAUUGUGUUCGUUGGGUCUCUGGAUUACCUGCAGAGAGAAUGGCGAUUUCUCCGGAAUUUUCCCCAGAUAUACAUUCUGCCUGGAUCUGCGCUCUAUCCUGGAGACCUCCAUGCAGUCAACAUAGAGGAGUGUUCCAUGUGUGCUGUCUUAUCCUCCCCAUCUAAGUCAUGCAGCAGCCCGACCUUGGUGGACACGGAGCCUAUCAUGGCCACACUCAACAUCAGAUCACUUCGGAUUAGCUGCUCAGCCCAGACACCCUCAGAGCCACGGUGUACUCGGUGCUUCAGUGACAACCCCGGGAAGUCAAAGUACCGAAGGAUCCCCAUCCUCACUGAACUGAAAAAUCCUUCCAACAUGCACUUUAUUGAACAACUCGGCGGGAUGGAAGGAGACCUCUCGGGAAUGAGCCUGCACCUCAGCACGUCCUUUGCCACCGGCACCGUCUUUUCCGGCAGCUUCUUGGAUUCCCUCCUGGCCACGGCGUUCUACAAUUACCAUGUUCUGGAAUUACUUCAGAUGCUGGUGACAGGAGGGAUAAGUUCUCAGCUGGAACAACAUUUGGAUAAGGAAAAGUUCUGUGGGCUGAAUGACAGUUACUCUACCGUUUCACCUGGAAGAAUGCGGUGUAAGCUGGGGCUUCUGUCCUUAAACCAAACCAUUUUGUCAGACAUUCAACCAAGAAGGACCUUUGGGCAGAUAUUCUGCGGCUCGUUAGAUAACCUUGGAGUCCUGUGCCUCGGCUUGUACCGCAUGAUAGAUGAGGAAGAGCGCAACCCAGAGCACAAAAGGGGAGUGUAUGCUGGUGCAGAAGGCGCCGGCCACCACCCAAGCACGAGGGCCAAAGCGACGUCAUUCUGUGUGAAAGAGACGGCCAGAGCUUAGGGCCCCCAGAUGCAACAGAGGGUGCUGGGGAAGUAGGUAACAGCGUAGGAUCAGUAUAAAUAAUAUGAAUGAACCCUGGUGACUGGGAUCCAGGUAGUACUGGCCAUGUAAGGAGAAGGGUUUCUCUGUCCCCAGUGAAAUCUGAUUUUCAGUCAGGGUUCUUUUGUAACUUACCCCUCAUCAACGCCUGUGCGACUUUUUAAAGCCGAAAAGCACUGUCCACACUGGAAAGAUUUACUUGUUCGCUGCCGGACUCGCUGAGUCAAUAUUUACUGAGUGCCUUUUCUCUAGCCACUGUGCCUUGUCCAUGUAAGAUACGGGAGUGAUGUGUAGAGAUUUCAGUUUAAAGAAGAUCGUUCUGACAGUAGUGGGGAAGAGAAAGAAAAUGUGUGUGGAGGGGAGAGGAGAAAAGAAGGGGUACUGGGUACCAGCUCCAGACAGCACAGUAAUGUAGGUCCAGACUAAGAGUCUCGUGGUGGGAACGGGCAGUACUCAGUAGAGAAGGAGAAAUUAAAAAUAAUAGAGUGGAAAUGGAUCGAUGAACCUGUUUCAGGAGGAAGGGGAAGGAAGUCAAAUCACUGAAAGCGGAGUAGUCAUGAACACGAAGAAAGACAGCUUCUCCGCUCGCAGGAGAAAGGGAGGAAAAGAAAGGAGGCCAAGGCAGAUCUGGCUGUGGAUGAGGGCUGUGCUUAGGGAAUGUUUACGUAACACUAGGAUUUCUCGGUGACAUGCAGGCAUAGCCCUGGCUGAGAGAAAAGAGGGGGAAAGUCUCUAGGGAGUUGAGAAAGACGUAAAAGUUACAUGAAUCACUGAGGGGACUGGAAAAAGGAGUUUACUGUGCAUCUGUAGAAGCAACAGUGCAAAGGGAAAGGACAGGGGAUGGAAAUAGCCUGAGGAGCGGAUGUACCCAAGAGUAAGGAAAUGAGAGAAAGAACGAGGGGAAGUUGUGGUCAGAGAGUGAUUUAUUGAAGGGUGAGAUUUUAGAGGCAGGAUGUGUCAGGAAGUUCCAACAGCAGUAUGCGGUCAGGAGAGUGGUUGGGAGAUAAAGAUCACUGGGUAGUGGAAAUCAAAGAAAUUGGUCUGCGUGUUGGAGUCAUAAAUCACGGAGACACUGCAGGCACGUAAGGUGACGGUGGCACUAGAGUUUGAAAGAAAAAGUGUCCCAUGUGCCAAAGGCCUAAAUAAACAUGGAGGUGUGUGGAUAACACUGAGGUGACUCAAGAGGAGGGUGGUAAGGCUGUAGAGCAUGGACCACACGAUGCAGGGAGCAGGGAUGCUCUGGAAACAGCACUCGGAAGCCUGAAUGAUGCUGACCCCCCAUCCCCAUCUCUGUCUGCCUGUGACUGACCCCCAACACCUCUGGAAAACCUGUGGACCGUGGUAAUUGGGAGAAGGUGUAGCCCAUACUUGGGCGGACCUCAGGGAAGGAAAUGAUAUUCCUGUUUGAAAGAGAGUAUGUGGUUACAGCAGAUCUUGUUUAAAAUAUCACAGAGGUUACAGGGGACUCAGUGGGCGAGAGGGAAGUGGGAAGAUGAUUCAGUGAAAGAUCAGUGGUGACUUGGGAUGGGUGCUUAGGGAAGAAGAGGUGAUUAUUCGGGGCGACACUGAAAGUCAUGCAGGGUUCUGCUGCCUCAGCGUUCUGACAGGAACACUGGCGUCUUCAUGAAUCUGACUCAUGUUCUCUGAGGAUUUGCCGUGUGCCUGAUUUCCUGCCAAGACAUCCUGCUUCUCUGCAGAGUCUGUCCACGCAGGUCCAGGCUCUGGGUGAUCUUUGAAACUCAUUGACUCACUAUUUGCUUACCCGUCAAGGUUUCAAAUAAACCUUUGGUUACUUUUCUUUUUCCUCCAUUGGGCAACCUACAUUCUGUGUGAAAGUUGGUGGCAGAAACAUGAAAAUAGGCCUAACCCAGGAUAGAAAUAUCUGGCAUGCACGUAAUCUUCCAGUUUUGAUAAAGCUUGGCUAAGUGCUCAGAAUUGUGCCAACCGAAUUCAUUAGGGUCGUGGAUAUUAAAAGCAGAGAAACAUAUAGUUAGAAAAGCCAUUAGAAAUCAAUUAGCCCAAACCAUAGUCCCAUCCGUCUCCCAUUAAAAUGAUGAGAAAAGCAAGGCCCAGAAGGGAGGUGGCAUGCCUAGGGUCAGAGGUGGUUGGUUUCAGAGGCAGGCGUGAGAACUAGUCUCCCAGCUACUAGCCUUGGACCUCUCCUUUUGCGCUGUGCCAGAGAGUUGUUUUUUGUUUGUUUGUUUAUUUUUUACUAUUAAUCAGAAACUAAAUCAAAGCAAAAAAAAAACGUUUCCUCUUUGGGCCCAGCAAAAUGACUUUCUUGUUUUGGCCACUGCCUGCAGCCACACCGUCCCAGCUGCAGGGGCUCAGAAUUCACCUUUGGCUCUUC